AUCUCAGGACCUACUGGACACAUUUAGGGAAGUGACCCCUGGUUGGACUCCUGUUCACCGACAGUAUAAUCCAGUAUAUUGAGUUUAGUGUGGGUGAACAGGCUGACAGUUUUUCUUUAAGUGUAUCCCCACCCAUAGACUGCAGAUGAUCUUCUGCAAUAUUGUUUAAUGCUUAAUCUUCAAACUGAUAAAUAAUGUUUAAUUUUUAUUAUUUAGAAUGAGUCUGAACUCUUUGGUAGAACCAUACGUGUAAAUCUUGCAAAGCCUAUGCGACUAAAGGAAGGUUCUUCGAAGGCAGUUUGGUCUGAUGAUGACUGGCUCAAAAAGUUUUCUGGUAAAACGUUAGAGGAAGCUGAACAGGCUGAAGGGACAGAAACUCCUCAAGCUGCAGCACAAGAGGGAGAACCACCUUCUAAAAAGGUUCGAGCUAACCCCCAAGUCUACAUGGAUAUCAAGAUAGGGAACAAGCCUGCUGGACGUAUUCGUUUUUUGUUACGAGCAGAUGUUGUUCCUAUGACAGUGGAAAACUUCCGUUGCCUCUGCACACAUGAAAAGGGCUUUGGCUUCAAGGGAAGCAGCUUCCAUAGAAUAAUUCCACAGUUCAUGUGUCAGGGAGGGGACUUCACCAAUCACAAUGGCACAGGAGGAAAAUCCAUCUAUGGACGGAAGUUUGAUGAUGAGAACUUCAUUCUGAAGCACACAGGUCCAGGUUUAUUAUCUAUGGCAAAUUCUGGUCAAAAUACAAAUGGAUCACAGUUCUUCAUCACAUGUGACAAAACAGACUGGCUUGAUGGGAAACAUGUUGUGUUCGGAGAGGUGAUGGAGGGAAUAGAUGUUGUACGUCAGAUGGAGGCUCAAGGGAACAAGGAUGGAAAACCAAAACAGAAAAUAAUAAUCUCAGACUGUGGCGAAUAUGUAUGACGUCACCUCUUCUGCACUGACAGUACAGUGACCAAUAAACAUCACAAGAAGACUUUACAUUUUCCACAAAAAGUUUUGUAAAUUAUUUGU